AUGGCACCGAGAUUCGCUAGUGUGCUUGCUGUGGCUCUAGCCGGAUGCCAACUUGCUAUCGCGCAAAACCCGGACGACACCGCCGAGGUCCAUCCCAAACUCACGACCUAUAAGUGUACCAAGGCGGGCGGGUGCGUCGCGCAAGAUACUUCCGUCGUCAUCGACUGGAACUACCACUGGUUCCAUACCGCCGACUGGUUGUCGUGCACAACCGCGUCUGGAGCAAUCAACACAACACUCUGUCCCGACGAGGCGACCUGCGCUAAGAACUGCUUCGUGCAAGGUGACACGAACUACACUGCCAAUGGCGUCACUACCUCCGGAGACACUCUCACCAUGUACCAGUACACCAAGAACAGCGACGGCGCGUACCAGAAUGCGUCUCCACGGUUGUACCUUUUGGGCUCCGACGGCAACUACGAAAUGCUCCAGCUGAACGGGCAGGAGCUGACCUUCACUGUCGAUCUCUCCCAGCUGCCCUGUGGCGAAAACGGCGCGCUGUAUCUGGGUGAAAUGGACAAGACUGGAGGCCGCAGCGAGUACAACCAGGGCGGUGCUAACUAUGGCGGUGGAUACUGCGAUGCCCAAUGCCCGGUGCAGAACUGGAGGAAUGGAACGGUCAACACGAGCGGUGCUGGCUAUUGCUGUAAUGAAAUGGAUAUCUUGGAGGCCAACUCGAAGGCCAUCGCAUUCACACCCCACCCCUGCACCGACUCCGACUGUGAUCGCAACGGAUGCGGCUUCAACCCGUACUCGCAAGGCUACCAUAACUACUACGGUCCCGGCGGUACAGUCGACACGACCAAGCCGUUCACUGUCGUCACCCAGUUCAACACCAACGACGGUACCGCUUCUGGCACCCUGACCAGCAUCACGAGGAAGUACCUCCAGAACGGGGUAGUGGUCGCUAGUGCCAACACCGGUGGUGACACUCUUACCUCGGAGAUGUGCAACUCUUUGGACAGCACCGCUGCUGCGUUCGGCGGCUUAGCAACCUCGGGGAAGGCACUCGCCCGCGGAAUGGUUCUCACCUUCGCCAUCUGGAACGACGCAACCGGCUACAUGAACUGGCUUGACACGGGCUCCAACGGCCCCUGCUCCACGACCGAGGGCAACCCCUCGCUCAUCAUCCAGAACAACCCCACCACCCACGUCGUCUUCAGCGGCAUCCGCUGGGGCGACAUCGGCUCGACCUUCUCCAGCGGCAGCGGCUCUGGCACCACGACGUCCAAGGCUGGAACCACGCUUACCACAUCCAAGGCUUCGACCGCGACGGCAAGCACAAAGGCCACGACCACGACCAAGGCUUCGACCACGUCGUCGGCUGCAGGUCCCGCGCAGACGCACUAUGGCCAAUGUGGCGGAAAGGGAUGGACUGGCCCCACGGCCUGCGUCAGCCCGUACAAGUGCGUCGUGUCUAACGACUACUACUCUCAAUGUCUGUGA